AUGAAUAACAAUACUAGUAAAGGAGCUUCUCCUAAAAGUAAACCUCAAAAACCACCACCACAGACAAAUGAAAUUUCCAAUGAGCAGAAACAAGAGCUCAUUGACUACUUUCUCGGUGGAUCAUACUAUCAAAAUGAAUUGUUAAAAUAUAUUUAUAUAUGUAUUAUGUCAACUUGUGAACUAGCACGCAUUGAAAAAGAGUGUGCGGAACUUCGAAAAAUUAUAAAUGAAUCAAAAAACAGUUUCAAGCCGGACCAUAAGCGAACAGCAAGUCGCAUAAUUGACGAAUAUUUUGAAUGGCGACAAAAUAAUUCUGGAAAUAAACCGGGCAAUUUAUUGAAGCAAAUUGGACGUUUACUCGGAAUAUCAUCAACAGAUAUCGAAUCUAAUAUACUCAAAAAUUUACAAAAGUUAGAAGUGCAUGAGUUAUCUGCCUUUCGUAGCAUUACUUUCCAAAAAUUUAAAGGCAUGUUCGACUUUAAUAAUGGCAAUUAUUCUGAACUAAAUUUGCGCUCCAAGAGAAAAGAAGAAAUCGCGGAAUUGGCAAAAAGAUGUAAAGAGUUAGAAGAAAAAUACGAAAAUUCACUUAAACAAUUAGAAACAAUCAAAAACAAGGAGCAGAUCGACAUGCUUACUGCUAAAAAUAACUCGCUUAAACAAAGUUUUGAUACGAUGCAGAAACAAAUUCAAGAAAAAGAUCGAGAAAUAGAAAAACUUAGUAUUCAGAUCAAGCAAACUUCGGAGCAUAAGUUUUCAGAGCAACAGGCGACUAACGAAAAAAAUGAUGAAUCACAAGUAAAACAACUGAGCGUGGAAGAUUUGAAUAAAUUAAGCAAGGAAGAAUUAAUUGACGAUAUAAAGGAAUAUCAAGUCAAAUAUGACUCGCUUAAUCAGCAAUUCGAUUUAUUUCAUCAAGAGGUUGAAGAAAAAGAUGAAGAGAUUAAAAGACUUCGUAAACAGAUUAAACAAUAUCAAUCAGCUCUUGGCAAUGCAACAAAUGUUCAACAUGGGGAAAAUGAUGUGAAUAAUUCUUUUCAACUUGUUAAAGAUAUCGAAAAAAUUCAAGGAAACGUUGUUGAUGCGGUCAAAAUAAAAGGGAAAAAAAUUGUAAUUAUGAACAAGCAAGCAGACGAGACCCUGUCUUAUUAUCAUAGCAGGAUAAAAAUCUCUGAUGAUAAUGGAAAAUUGGCGUUGAGUUGUGCUCUUCAACGUUUUAUAGUUAGCAAAGUUUUCGGUAUUGUCGAAAAUUUUACUAAAAAGAUUAAACUUGCAAAACAGCAUAAAGAUGAAUUUGCUGAACAAUUUAUUAUAUAUUAUACACAAGAACUAUGCAUGCUUAUAGAAAAACUUUCAACAAAUCGAAUUGGAUCAGAUGGUUUUACAUGUAUUACGCCAAUCAAAAUACGCCAACAGGUUAAUGCUGCCUUGGGUGCACGCGGCUUUCAUAUGAAAAAAUGGCAUCCUACGAUCAGAUAUUUUGGUGACGACAUAAUCAGUAAACUGAACCGAUGUCGAAAACUGCCCCAAGAAAUGAAUGAAGAAACGCAAGAACGAAUUUAUGAGCUUGUGCUUGAAUUGCUUCAACUUCGUUUUCGGAUCGAUACUCAAGACCCUAUACCCGAAAUAAGAUGGUUUAAUGCUGGCGAAACAAUUGAUAUUGGUCUAAUGCAAGGAUCCGAUGUUGAAGAUAACGAGGAGGAGUUGGAAGUCGAUUUAUGCUAUUUUCCAGUUAUUGGCACAUUUUUGGAUGAUCCUAAGAAUCGAAGAGUAUAUUUCAAAGCUCAGAUAUUAACAAGAAUCAAGAAACACGAUCAAAGCGACCGACGUAACCAACGCGGAAGUUUUUUAGGUUCAUUAAAUCCAUUUAAAAAACAUUAA